AUACAUCAAUGACUGCUGGCAGCGUGGCAGCCUCCCACAACAGUGGAAAACUGCGACAACGAUCCUCAUCCCAAAACCCGGAAAAGCGCCGAGCCUCGACAACCUUCGCCCCGUAUCGCUAACGUCGUGCGUCGGCAAGACCAUGGAGCACGCACUACUUAACCGCUGGCAAGCCCACUUAGAGCAGAAAGGAGCAUACCCACCAUCCAUCAUAGGAUUCCGCCCACACCUGUCCACGCAAGACGCAAUGAUACAACUGAAACACCAGGUGCUCGACGGCAAGACGAGAGGCACCAGAGCUAUUCUAGGCCUCGACCUCGAGAGCGCGUUCGAUAGAAUCGCGCACUCGGCGAUCUUAUGCCAAAUAUCGCGCCGCAACCUCGGCUUACGCACGUACAACUACGUGAAAGAUUUCUUGACAGAGAGACGAGCUGUUUUAGUGGCCGGCGACCUCCAUCUAGAAGAGCAAACGCUGGGAAGCACUGGCACCCCGCAGGGCUCGGUCAUCUCGCCUACGCUAUUCAACCUGGUCAUGAUUCGGCUAGCGGAAAAACUGCAGGAACUCGAAGACGUACGGCACACCAUAUACGCCGACGACAUCACCAUCUGGGUGAACGAAGGCAGCGACGGUUCACAUCGAAACGGCGUUGCAACUAGCAAUUGACACAAUAGAGGAACACCUCAUGGGUACGGGGUUACGAUGUUCGCCGAAAAAGUCGAAACCCCUACUCUACCGCCCCACGCAAAGGGGCAGACCACCCGGGGGUGGUAGGAAUGCGGCGACGACCAGGCGAGAAUAAGAAGAGAUCAGACUACGCACAAGCAACGGAGCAACAAUCCCAAUAGUCCAGAAAAUAAGGGUCCUGGGCAUGAUAAUACAGGCCAACGGCGUCAAUGGCGAAACAAUUACUAAACUCAAGCACAAGACAACCAACGCCUUGAGACUCCUCAAGAGGGUAACUAGCAGAAAAAACGGAAUGAGGGAGGCGAGUCUCACACGGCUCAUACACUCUUUCGUCAUGUGCCACAUUGCGUACGUCGCGGCAUUCCACAACUGCUACAAGGGAGAAGAAGCCAAGAUCAACGUCCUCAUCCGCAGGGUGUACAAGAUAGCACUAGGUCUACCCCAGUCCACCAGCACUCACCGCUUGCUCCAGCUCGGGCUUCACAACACGCUGAGCGAAAUCGCCGAGGCGCAGCGCACUUUACAACUCUAAAGAUUAGCGGGCACGAGAACGGGACGCCAGAUCAUGGAAAGUCU